AUGAGUUACUCCAUCCCUCACGAUGAGCGCAUAUCCAGACUUUCUGAAAGGCUCACAAGUCUCCAAGGCAAGAUGGACAACCACCGAUCUCAAAACAUCGAAAGUCUCGACUCAAAGCUUAAAGGCAUUGAAGACCUUUUCAAUGAAUUUCAAGACCAAUCCUCCAGAAAGUUUAACGUCCUAAAAGACCAACUGACUAAAAUUUAUAAAGGAAUUGAAGAAGAAAGCGAAAAUAGAGAGUCCCUUGCAGACGCAAAAACGAGAGAAAUUAAUUCAAUGGAAGCCAGGAUCAAAGGAAUUUUGGAAGCUGAAUUUAACUCUCGCAGAGAAAUUGAGCAAAGAAUGUACAAUCAAAUUGAAGAAAAAGCAAAUAUAAAAAGCUUGACUUAGCAAUACUAACUAAUAAAUUAAUAUUUUAAUGUUUUAAAGAGAAAUUAAGACAUCUCAAAGUAGAAUUAAUAUUAAAAUCAAUUUUAGAAAGUAUAUCAUAAGAAAUGAGCUGAAAAAAGAGAGCCAGCUGAGACAAGAAUCGAUAAAUACUUUGCAACAAUACUUAGAAGUGUGCUCAAGCAUAAAACCCUUCCCCCACCUCCAAUCUAUAACUACCUAUUUUUUAUUAUAUGAUAUAUUAAAAAUGCAAAAUUUAGAGCUUACUUUUUAAUUCCAUUAUGAUUUUGAGCAUAUUUAUCAACAUGUCUGAUAUUAUUUUUUUAGUCUAGUAAAAGUAUAGAUCUUUUGUGCUUUUUAAUGCUUAUAGUAGUUUACUUCAUUAAAUACAUUAAAUUAACCAGUAUCCUAUUGCACUAUGUAAAAUAAGAUCAUAGCUGAUCAGUAGUUAUGUUUUGCUCAUUAUAUAAUGCUAAUAUAUGAGCUUAUAAAUUAUUCAGUUUUUUUCCAAUUUAUCAACUUUUUAUAUUGAUAUGUAACGCUUUCAGACAAUUCCAAAAUUUCAAAAGUAAAUAUAUAUGCAACUAUAGUAAUAAUAUCAGACAUAUUGAUAAAUAUGCUCAAAAAUCAUAAUAAAAUUGAAUAGUAAUCUCUGAAUUUUAUAUCUUUAAUAUAUCAUACAAUAAAAAAUGGGUAGUUAUAGAUUGGGGGGUUUUACGCAUGGACAGAAGUGGAUAUUCCUAAAAUCCAUGAAGCACUGAAAGCUGAAAGCGAAGACAGAGAGCAAAUGGAAGCUGCUAUUAUGAAGCAGUUCCACGAAGAUAUGGACAAGCUUUAUCAAGCAUUUUACCAAGAAAGGAAACAAAGAGAAGAAAGCGAAGAAAACUUGCAGGAAUACUUGAAAGAAGUGGUGCUUAAUUUGAAAGGAGAUAUAGAUAAAGAAAGAGCAGAAAGAGAAGCGACAGAAGAAACGUUGUUGAGCUUACUAGAGGCGACUUGCACUAAGCUCAAUGCUGCAUCUCAACUUUAA